UAACUCCCAUGCAAAAUGCACAACAAUCGUGGAGUUUUGAAAACAGAAGCUGUAAACCCAGUUAUUAGCUGUUUGUGAUCUGAAGUGGACUGUUAUUGCUGCACUCAGAUUUUUUGACCACAUUUUACUUUUGAUUGAAUUUAAAAUUAGAAUUUAGAACAGUGUCAAAAUGGCUAUCGGAGCAGGGAUGUCGUGUGUUAAAUACCUACUAUUUUCUUUCAAUCUGUUAUUCGCGAUCACGGGCCUGAUAAUCCUCAUAGUAGGAGCGAAGUCAGAGAUCAACGCCUAUCCCUAUGUCAACUUGACUGACGAGAGCUUCUACACAUCAGCUCCGGUUAUUCUGAUCAUCGUUGGCUUGAUCGUCUUCAUCGUUGCAUUCUUCGGCUGCUGUGGUGCUGUUAAGGAGAACCAUUGUAUGAUAGUUACGUUCUCCGUGUUCCUGCUAAUGAUCUUCAUAGCUGAACUGGCGGUUGGCAUUGCUGGAUACGUGAAGCAUCAGGAUCUAGAAACUUCCAUCGUGCGGUCUCUCAACGAGUCUUUGAAGCACUAUUCUACAGAUACCGAUAUACAGAAGAACUAUGACAUCAUUCAAACUGACCUCCAAUGUUGCGGUAUCUACGGCCCCGGGGACUGGGCGAACAACAGCCUGCCGAUCCCGAGUAGCUGCUGUGCGGCUCGAGAGAUCGCAGACAACAAGCCAGCUGAAUGCACACCAGCAUCUCCUGACUUCCAUAACGCGGGAUGCUUGGAUAACAUACUGAUACACUUGAAGGAAGUCGCUUUGGUACUGGGAAGUGUUGGCAUGGGAAUCGCCUUCGUACAAUUGCUCGGUGUCAUCUUCGCAUGCAGCCUCGCUCGCUCGAUCCGCAGCCAGUACGAGACUGUUUAAACCAACUAGCGUUACGUUUGAUCACAAUUAUACGUGCGUCUAUUCAUUGUGAUAAGGAAAACUCCCAUUCUGCAUAGAGAUAAUUGUUAUUUUGUUUAAUUUUUAUAUAUUUUUUGUAAUAUAAUUCAAGUGAAUCUUUUUUCCAUAAAAGAUCUCAAACUCGAAUGUUCUUUUUUUAUGAUUUAUUAAUGUACAAGGAGCAGGGUAACAACCGUGUGACGUUUUGGCGUGAAAUGCACAAUGCACUGAUUGGAUCUAUUUUCAGCUUAGUGUGCUCAGUGUUAAGACUGAUUUUCGAAUAGAAAUGGUGACGAUUGCCAAAUCUUUCUAUCUGUCCCCCUAUUUUUUAAGUUUACGCCGUGGACUAUAGUACAAAACUUCAAAACACAUUUUUUUAUAUAUUAGUAUCUAGUACUUUCCGAUUCUCAGACAUUCCACGGUGUAAAUAUAUAAUUAAUGGAUGUUAUAUAAUCUUUGUCGAACUUAGAGAUAUAUUUAAUAUUACAUUUCGUAUUUGAUGUAGAUAAGGUUGCUAUUUUCUCCAUAAUUUUUCAUUACUACAAUACAUAUGACUGUUCAAAUUCAUUAAAAUUAAAACUUAGUACUGACAGUUUAAAAAAGACAAAAUGGCAGCCUUUUUUAGAUGUGGUGCACUUUUUAGAAAUUGUUUUGUGUAGAUGCAAUGUGCGGUAGAUGUACCAGUUGAGAUUAACUUGCAUCAUAUGAAACAAUGUAUUGGUGUUUAAAUCUUUUCUGUACCUAUAUUUAUAAUAAACUUCAUACGAUAUA